AUGCGGCUAGAACAGGAGAGUGCAGCCUCGAGCUUUUGUCCAACAUGCUCCCCGAGAGGAUGGGAAUAUAUGGUUCCGAGAGACGACGGUCUGCAGAGUGUACACACCCGUAUGCACUGGGAGUCCAAUAAAUCCGGGAGGAUGGAGGAGAAUAUUGAGGGAAACGUGGUACCACGUACAUCUCGUGUCUGGCUGACGCUCCCUCGACCGUCUCUGUCCGUGCAUCUCUCCGUUCCACUCCAUUCUCUCCUAGUCGCCUCCUUCCCUACCGCCUCACCGUCCAACUCCAGACUGGCCUUCCCGGGCCGGGCUUCCAAUUCUCUCAACACACCUCGCACGGCUGCUGCCACUAUUACUGAUGUUGUCGAUGCUGUUGGUGCUGUUGGUGCUGGUGCUGGUGCUGGUGCUGGUACCUUUGAUUUCACCCACCUACGCCCUACACAUGACUGUCGCAAUACCAGCCCCAAAGUCUCUUGA